AUGGGACAAAGUUUGAGAAGAAAGCAUGACAUCACUCAGACUUGCUCUCCACCCAAAAAGAUCUGGGAUGGAGGUGCAAACGUGUGUGGAAACUAUUCCCAGCUACCCAAACAUCCAGGGUUCAAAGUUCUGGCAUCAGCUUCCCAUUACUGGCCAUUGGAAGAUGUGGAUGGAAUUCAUGAGUUUCGGGAUACAAAUGGAGAUAUUGUAGAAGGAAUGGUGAACAAAGGAAUUUACGUCACUGAAAAGAAAGGAGUUACCUUUCUCUUCUUUGGAAGCUACCAGAAUUCUUGCAUUAGUAAUCCAGAAGUUUGUGGACCUGAAGGAGUAACAUUUUCCUUUUUCUGGAAGACUCAAGACCAGCAGGCUAAGUUUCUCCCUGCCUCUGGUGGACAAGUAAUUUCCAGUGGUUUCAAAAUCUGUUCAAAUGAAGGUGAAGGCUCAGUAGAAUUUUAUACCCGUGGGAAUGCAAUGAUGAAGUGGAAAGCAAGCUUUAGUCCACCAGGUCCUUAUUGGACUCAUAUUCUCUUUACCUGGAAAUCAAGAGAAGGACUGAAAGUCUAUGUCAAUGGAACUCUAAACACAACUGAUCCAGAUGGGAAAGUUUUCUAUGACUAUGGAGACCCCAGUGCAAAUCUACUGACUGGGACAGAGGGGGAUCCAACAAAGCGUUAUGUGAAUGGGGCAUUUGAUGAGUUUAUUAUAUGGGAAAGGGCACUCACCCCUCAUGAAAUUGAGCAGUACUUUACAGCUGCUGUUGGUGUACAAGUUUUGCUUUCUUCAACACUUCCAUGGUCUGUGAUGACAACCACUACAAAACCUGUGCUCUCUACAAACGCCUAUCAUCCCAUCAUAACCAAUCUGACCAAGGAGAGAGGGAACUUUCGCUCCCCUGAAACCAUGCUGGGCUACCUGGAGAACCUCUCCUUCAGCUUGCCCAACAAAUCCUUGCCAGAAAAUACUGCCCGAAGCCUGGCAGAGGCAUUUUUAAAAGCUAUUGAAGAUUUUCUAUUAUUGCCCAACUGGAAUAAUGUACCACAGACCACACACAUGUGUGGAAGUCUAAUUCAAACUAUUGACAGUGUGAUGGCUCACAUGACACGCAACCUGGAAGAAAACUCAUUGACUUUAACUGUUGAGGGCACAUCAUCUGUGGCAGAUUACACGUUAGUCAAAAUGCAUCCUCAGAUUCUGAAUUUGUCCCACUAUCGAUUUCCAACUCGGGGGCAGAGUUAUAUUUCCAUUCCCAGUGAAGCUUUUCAUGAAAAAGCUUGGAUCACCAUUGUUGGCCUGCUUUACCAUAACAUGCAUUAUUUCUUUCACGAUAUCAACCCUAUGGAUACCAAGAUUGCUGAAGCUGCUGCCUACAAAGGUUAUAUGAUCUCAGCAGCCAGUUAUCUUAUCUCUAUCAAAGUGGAACCUCUACCCAAGUUGUCCCACAAUCUUUCAGGAUCUCCUCUCAUUACCAUCCAGCUCACUCACAAAUUGACUCCCAGACAAUACAGCCAAGCACUAAACAAGAGUAACAGAGUUCAUCUUUACUGUGCAUUCCUGGACUAUAGCAAUGGAACUGGGGUGUGGUCUGAUGAAGGUUGUGUGCGUGAGAGUGGAGACCUCAACUACUCAGUGUGUCUUUGUAACCACCUCACUAACUUCGCCAUUCUGAUGCAAGUGGUGCCCCUGAAGCUAACGAGAGAACACCAGGUGGCCCUCUCCUCCAUCACUUACAUUGGCUGCUCCCUGUCCAUCUUCUGCCUGACGAUCACUCUGGUCACAUUUGCUGUGUUGUCGUCUGCCAGCACCAUCCGCAACCAGCGCUAUCACAUCCAUGCCAAUCUCUCCUUUGCUGUCCUGGUGGCUCAGAUCCUGCUUCUCACCAGCUUUCACUUCAGCCCUGGAACAGUACCUUGCAAGAUCUUGGCCAUUCUCCUUCAUUUUUUCUUCCUGAGUGCUUUCACAUGGAUGCUUGUGGAAGGAUUCCAUCUUUACAGCAUGGUGAUCAAAGUCUUUGGGUCAGAAGAGAGCAAGCACUUGUAUUAUUAUGGAAUUGGAUGGGGCUGCCCACUGGUGAUUUGUGUAAUUUCUACAUCAUCAUCUCUAGAGAGCUAUGGAGAAAGUGGCAACUGCUGGCUUUCACUAGAGAAUGGAGCAAUCUGGGCUUUUGUGGCACCAGCGUUGUUUGUAAUUCUGGUCAAUAUUGGUAUUCUCAUUGCUGUCACAAGAGUUAUCUCAAGAAUCAGUGCAGACAACUAUAAGGUCCACAGAGAUGCCAAUGCCUUCAAACUAACAGCUAAAGCUGUCGCUGUUCUCCUACCAAUCUUGGGAAGCUCAUGGAUCUUUGGGAUUUUGGCUGUCAAUGCCCAUGCAUUAGUGUUUCAGUACAUAUUUGCUGUUUUCAAUUCAUUACAAGGAUUUUUCAUGUUCCUGUUUCACUGUCUUCUGAAUUCAGAGGUUAGAGCUGCCUUUAAGCACAAAACCAAAGUUUGGUCCCUUACCAGUAGUUCAACUCGCAACAUCAAUGUGAAACCCUUCAAUUCAGACAUUAUGACUGGGAACAGGCCAGGCACAACCCCCACAAAGUUGAACACCUGGGAUAAAAGCACCAAUUCAGCCAACCGCAUUGAUUUAUCAGCAGUGUGACAGCAGCUCCAGCUUCUCAGUGAAAAUCAAGCCAUACAUUCAGGACCUCUGACACAGUGUCCACCAGGUUUUUCUCACUCAAUACCAGUAAAAAACCUGCUUUUUAAAUCACUGCCUAAUAAAUUGGAAAUUUCCAUAAUGUUUAAUUGAGUAAAUAGCCCUCAUCUGCUUGUCUUUGAAAUUGUUACACAUUCCACCACUGGGCUAUUAGCAAUAUCUGUAAAAAUAACUAGCACAAAUAUACACUGGAUGGUUUUGUCAGCAAUGAUGAAAACACUAGGUAUGC